UCAUGAGCAAUCAAUGACACUGACCUGAUGUAAAAUGAAUAUGAAGACCAAGGAAGAAACAAGAGGGGAAGAGGUGGAGAAUAAGGAUGAUCUGCUAAGUUCAUACAAGAUAGGGAAGGUCGUGGAACUAUGCCUGUCUCACCGAGUGGUUAUGGCUGCUAUGACGCGCUGUCGGGCAUUAAACGGCAUCCCUAAUGAAGCCAUGGUUGAGUAUUACUCUCAGCGAGCUACUCACGGUGGUCUUCUCAUAACUGAAGGCACUUUCAUUUCUGACACUGCUCAUGGGUAUCCUCACUGUCCAGGGAUUUACCAGGAGGAACAAGUGGAAGCGUGGAAGAAAAUUACUGAUGCUGUUCAUGCAAAAGGAGCUUACAUUUUCUGCCAAUUGUGGCAUGUAGGGCGAGCCUCGCACUCUGCAUACCAACCUGGAGGCGCAGCACCGAUAUCCUCGACAAGCAAGCCUAUAUCAAGUAGGUGGAAAGUAAUAUUGCCAGACGGAUCACAAUCUGAUUAUUCAACUCCCCAAGCUUUACCUUCUUCUGAGAUCCCAGAGAUCAUUGAUCAAUAUCGUCAGGCAGCCAUUAAUUCCAUUCAAGCAGGUUUCGAUGGGGUUGAGCUUCACGCAGCCUAUGGUUUCCUAAUUGACCAAUUCUUGAAAGAUGGAGUCAAUGAUAGGACAGACCAGUAUGGUGGGUCCCUUGAGAACCGAUGCAGAUUUUUGAUGCAGAUUCUCGAUGCUGUAGUAGAAGCAAUUGGGAUUGAGAGAAUUGGAGUGAAGAUAUCACCAACAAUGUACACCCAAGAUGCUCAUGAUUCUGACCCACUUGCCCUGGGCUUGGCAGUGGUGAAGAGACUUAACAAACAGCAAGAAGAAAUAGGAUUUAAACUUCCUUACCUCCAGAUUCAAGCAGGAACACUUUCCCAUGGGAUUAGUGAAAGCGAAGCUCAGGUGCUGAGAGAACUGAGGAGAGCAUACCAUGGAACCUUCAUGAUUAGUGGAGGAUUCAAUAAAGCGCUGGGGAUGAAAGCCAUUGCUGAACAGGACGCUGAUCUGAUUGCUUAUGCCCGGUUUUUCCUCUCAAACCCUGAUCUAGUCAGGCGGUUUGAGAUCGAUGCACCAUUGAAUGCAUUUGAUGCUGCUACAUUCUACACCCAUGAUCCUGUGGUAGGUUACACUGAUUACACCUUUAUAGAUGGAAAACAGUGAACCCUGAUAGAAUGACAAUCAGCUCGUAAACAAGGAUGAUAAGAAGAUGCUGGACUGGUGCAGAAUGAGAAUGACUGGUAUAUUUCUUACAAGUGAAUCAAAGAUGAAAAGAAGAUACAAAUGAAACUUCUUUUUUCAUUCAUUUUUGAAUUACAAUCUUCCUGAAUAAACACAAACCGCUCUUUAAAAUGAUUUGCGCUUCACAAUCUACUCCUGUAUGGCAUGUAACAUACACUUUUUUGUGCCAAUAAUAAUAGACUACUAAAUCGUUUCCCACAAUGUAA